AUGGCCGGCAAUGAAGAUGGCGACGUCACAGUUGAUGCGACGGCGACGGCGGCACCCUCGACCAAACAGCUGAAGGAACCUGACGACCUCCAAUAUGUCCAAUACGAACCCUCGAAAGAAGAGCAAUACCUCCCCGCCAUCCGUCAAUUAAUUUCCAAGGACCUAUCCGAGCCAUACAGUAUCUAUGUAUACCGGUACUUCUUAUACCAAUGGGGUGAUUUAUGCUACAUGGUACUUCUCUCUCCCCUCCUCCCCCAAACCACCUUACAGUGUCUAACCCUCAUCCCCCCACAGGCCCUCUCCCCCACAAACACCCUCAUCGGCGUAAUAACCUGCAAACUCGAACCCCACCGCAGCGGCACCUACCGCGGCUACAUCGCCAUGCUCGCCACGCAAGAAGAAUACCGCGGCCGCGGCAUAGCCACGCAGCUCGUUCGUCUCGCCAUCGAUGCCAUGACCGCCCGCGACGCCGACGAGAUCGUCCUCGAGACCGAGGUGUCGAACACCGCGAGUUUGAAACUGUAUGAGCGGCUGGGGUUUAUACGGAGUAAGAGGCUGCAUCGGUAUUACUUAAAUGGAAACGCGGCGUUUAGGUUGAUUUUGUAUUUGAAGGAGGGGACGGCGCUGAAGAGACCUGAGCAUGGGAUGCAUGGGGAGGGGGCCGGGGGGAUGGAGAUGAGGAGGGACGAGGCGGAGUUGUACUCUUGA